CCUAUUGGCGGCGUAAUCUUUCUGUCAACAAUCGAAACCGACAACACAGUUAUGGUGGGCUUGCUUGCCGGCAGAAACACUCUAGGAACAAAAGAACUGUGCUAAGCCGUGCUGAUAUUAAGGAAUCUGAAGGAAAGACAACACCCUGUAUCUGGUCUAGCUGCCACAAUAUCCAAAAUGAUUUCGUUGCCAGUAUACGGUAAGAAUAUGGAAACUAAUGGAUGCUACAAUUUGCGAAAGCGGCGAGUGUUGGUAACGGGUGGCGCAGGCUACCUUGGAUCAACAAUGGUACCCAUCCUGCUCCAACGUGGUCAUCACGUGGUUGUCUAUGAUAAGUUCAUGUGGGGAGCUUUUCCCCUUUUGCCUCAUGCAGCGAACCCAAAUUUGGAGAUUGUCAGAGGGGACAUUCUGGACAGGAACCUCUUGGCGAGACACAUGGAAGACUGUGACGUUAUAAUCCAUCUCGCCGCCAUUGUUGGAUACCCUGCUUGUGAAAAAUUUCACGAUGAGGCCAUCCAGGUGAACGUAGAGGGUACAAGGAACAUUGUAGAAAAUCUAGCAGAAGAUCAGCAUUUAAUCUAUGCCUCCACUGGGUCAUGCUACGGAGCUGUCCAGAAUGGCGUUUGUGACGAAGAAACACUGAUUUCCCCCCUAACUCUGUACGGAAGAACAAAAGCUGAAGGAGAGAAAUUGGUGUUGGACGCCGGAGGAGUUGCGCUUCGCUUGGCCACUGUGUUCGGUGUGUCCCCCCGCUUACGGCUCGACCUUCUCGUGAACGAUCUUACUGACAAGGCUCUAAGGCUCCAGCACUUCGAUCUGUAUCAGGGGGGCUUUCGCCGCACUUUCCUUCACGUGAAAGAUGCUGCCAGAGCAUUUGUGUUUGCGGCGGAAAACUAUAAGGAAAUGGCAGGGCAGGCUUUCAACGUUGGAGACGAGAACAUGAACUUGUCAAAGUCUGACGUGGCCUGCAUCAUCCAAGAGUGUGUACCAGGCUGCCUCAUCACGCAAUCUAACAGUGGAGAGGACAAGGAUAAAAGAGAUUAUGAAGUGUCUUACAAGAAGGUCCGAUCUCUAGGUUACCCCGCUACGAUAUCAGUGGAAGAAGGUGUCAAGGAACUCGUGAAAUUCUUACCAUGUCUUAGUGAAGAAGAAAUCGAAAAAGCGAGGAAUAUAUAAUGAUAAAAUCAAAUGCUGAAAAUAACCCCAUCAAACUCCCUAGAUGUGAUUUGUAACUCUCAUGUCAGUAAUUAGUCUAUUCCUUGUAAGUUAGUCUUAGGAACUGGGUAUAUUAUCUCUGGGUGCUUACUGGUAGCAUGUAACAAACGCGAUUAGAGUUUUCUCUUAACAGGAAUUAAGGAUUUUUUCAAACAAGGUCUUGAUUUUUUAAACGUAUUUAUUUCACUCUAAGAAAAAAUAUUUACAAAACGAGAUAGGUUACUGAAUUUACGGUGAGCUUUUCACGAUGAGGAGGUUGCUUUGAGCAGUUUAAUUGCCCUGUAACUUAAUUUGUUUAUAAGCCUAGUGACUUUGUUUUAGCACUCUCUUGACUGUUGGUACUGAGUACAAGCACGCUUGCAUGAUAUUCUACAGGAGAACAGUCUGCGCGGGUCAUUUCAUAGUGAAUAUAUAUAUAUCUUAUUAACCAAGCGCGAGGGCCGUACUGGGAGAAUAUCGGCCCGAGGUCUUGACAGUA